AUGCUGUCAAGGCUGCCCCUCUACGCCCUCCUCCUCUCUCUCUUCCUGAGCUUCGCCACGGCGGCCACGCUUGGUGAUGACUUCAUCAAUGAGCGUCGCCAGGCUUCUGGCUCCAAGUACCUCCUCGGAGUCGGCAAAGCCGACAUAACGGGCCCCGUCGUUGAGAUUGGCUUUGCCGGCUAUGCUGACCUCGAUCAGAAGGGCACCGGCUUGCGCCAGCGACUGUACAGCCGUGCCUUCAUUGUUGGCGACGCCUCCAAGCCCGCUGACAGGUUCGUCUACCUUGUUCUUGACACGCAGACGGGUGACACGGCCGUAAGAAGGGGCAUUCUCGAGGGCGUCGCGGCGCUGGGCCCUGCGUACGCCGUGUACAACAAGAACAACAUUGCCGUGACGGGCUCUCACAGCCACGCUGGACCGGGAGCCUUUUUCAACUACUUGCUGCCCCAAGUUACAAACUUGGGAUUCGACAGACAGAGCUAUCAGGCCAUCGUCGAUGGUGCUGUUCUGUCCGUCAAGAGGGCGCACGAGUCCUUAGCAGAGGGUUACCUCGACUUUGGUACAGGAGAGGUCCCCAACGCCGCCAUCAACCGCAGCCCCUGGGCCUACCUCCAGAACCCGGCUGCCGAGCGUGCGCGCUACGCUGGAGAUGUCGACAAGACCAUGACGCUGCUGCGCUUCCGCCGCGCCUUGGACAACAAGGCCCUCGGUGUGCUCAACUGGCUCGCCGUGCACCCGACGUCCAUGCUGCAGAACAACACCAAGGUGGCGGGCGACAACAAGGGCGUGGCGUCGUGGCUUUUUGAGAAGGAGCUUGGUGGCGGAUUCGUCGCUGGAUUUGCCCAGGCGAACCAUGCCGAUACGACGCCCAAUGUUCUCGGUGCCUGGUGCGAUGACGGGUCGGGCCAGCAGUGCGACUUUGAGACGAGCACUUGUGCCGACGGCCUCUCGCAGUCAUGCCGUGGGCGGGGCCCCGAGUUCAGAAAGCUGGAUCUCGGUGUUUCGAGCGCUUACGAGAUUGGGAGGAGGCAGUAUGUUGGCGCCAAGGCCAUUUUUGAUGCGCUCGGCUCUAGAUCGACGCCCAUCACGGGCCCGACUGUCAAGUCCUUCCACUUCUUCCAUAACAUGACCUUUUCCAAGUUCCGCCUGCCUUCGGGUGAAGAGGUACAGACGUGCCCGGCCUCCCUUGGCUACUCCUUCGCCGCUGGCACGACCGACGGUCCUGGCGCCUUUGACUUCACGCAGGGCGACUCGACGGGAGAGAAUCCCUUGUGGCGAGUCGUUGGUGGCAUUCUGCGGGCGCCGUCAGCUGAGCAACAGGCGUGCCAGGAGCCGAAGCCCAUCUUGCUUGACGUCGGUGGCGUGAACACUCCGUACGCGUGGAGCCCAAACAUUGUCGAUAUUCAGACCCUGCGUGUAGGGCAACUUGUUCUCGUUGUCGGCAGUGCUGAGACGACGACCAUGGCGGGCAGGCGAUGGAGAGAGGCCGUGGCGGCGGCUUCGGGUAGCAUCACGGGCGGAAGCCCUCUCGUUGUGCUCGGCGGUCCAGCAAACACAUACUCGCACUACGUCACAACCCGCGAAGAGUACGACGUCCAGCGUUACGAAGGCGCUUCAACCUUCUACGGCCGCUACACGCUCGACGCCUACAUCAACCUCACCAUCUCGAACCUCCAGCACCUCGCCCCCGGCGCCACGACGCUGCCGCCCGCGGGCCCCGCGCCGCCCGACAACCGCGCCAACUCGCUCAACUUCAACACGGGCGUUGUCACGGACGGCGCGCCCGCGGGACGGGCUUUUGGCGCCGUCAUCACGGCCCCCUCGGCGAGCUACGCCCGCGGGUCGGAGGUUGUGGUCAAGUUCCAGGGCGCGAACCCACGGAACGACCUCCGUCUCGAGGGCACGUAUGCCGCCGUCGAGAGACGCGCGGCGGACGGGAUGUGGAGCAAGGUGCGGGACGAUGCCGACUGGUUUCUCGUGUACGAGUGGGCGCGGACCGACUGGCUGCUGGGACACAGCGAGGUGACGAUCCGGUGGGAGACGGCGGAGGGCGGCUCGGCGGCUGCGGCGGGGACGUAUCGGAUUCGGUACUAUGGUAACUCGAAGAGUCUCUUGGGCAGCAUUCGUGCCUUUGAGGGCGUCACUGGGAGCUUUAAUCUGGUUUGA